GUCAUGCAAGACUAGGGAUGCGCGCAUUGUCGAAAAGCACGGCAGAUUACUCGCAUGUCUCGGUGCAAAUUCGGCAGUAUUAAUGGAUCUAUUAUCACGCGACAAUGAUGCAGAUUUGACGUCAAUCGAAGCCAUAAGCAACGCAGCUCGACUCAUCAUCGACACGCUGCACGAAGAGACUUGUAUGAGAAGAGCUUUGAUUUUGGGCAACGUUAAUACGUCUAUGAAGGAUGUUUUAUUAGCAACGGAGCCCGAUGAAUUUCUUUUUGGUGGAAAUCUACCAGAGCUUCUGAAACAGGCACAAGCCACAAAUAAGGAUGUACAGGUGCUGGCCAAGAAACCCGCACCUUCUGUAAACAAGUCAAAAAACUUCAAAGGCCCGCAGCGUCAGCAAAGCAGAUCGCAGACGACAUCAUCGAGCGGGCCGCAGACGAGAUCUGCAACGACGACGUCGAAACAACAGGAGUCGAGACACAAGAGCGAUCAUCAGAAAGCUCGUUACGAUCAGAACAAGUCCUCGAAAAAAUACUAUCAGAAGAAAUGAUAGAAUUGCCAAACGCCACAUGCACUCUGGGAGUCGCUUACCCUGGUGGCAGCUCUAUUAUCCGGCAAGCGUUAAGUAAGCAAGGAGUUCCCGACGAAGCAAUUGAAACUAGCAUGGCAUCUAUUGGAGUUUCAACUAUAAAGUCGUACGACGCUGCAUUAAAGAAGUGGUGGAUAUUUGUUCAUCAAAUCAAGGGAGAUGUCUAUGAACCAACAACGAAACAGAUUAUGGAAUUCCUUCAACAGCAAUUCGAUCGAGGGUUGUCCCAUAGCUCAUUAAACAUCAUGAGAUCGGCCAUAUCCCUCAUUAUCAAUUCCGACAUCGGCAAUGAUAAAAGCUUGAAGCGCUUCUUUUCCGGCAUCGCGAAGCUCCGACCAUCGCUUCCAAAAUACAAUACUACCUGGGAUCCGAAAGUCAUUAUAGACUUUUACAGUGGCAAGCCGGCUAAUGACUCGCUUACAUUUAAGGAUUUAUCAUAUAAGUUGAUUACUUUAUUAGCUAUUACUACUGGUCAUCGGCUACAGACACUUUCACUCAUUAAAGUGCAAAAUAUUAAAUUUUAUGAAAAUAAAAUAGAAAUACUCAUUCCUGACUGGAUAAAAACAACGAGAAAAAAUGUCUGUCAGCCGGUACUAAUUUUACCUGUUUAUCCUCCGAACGAUAAAAUUUGUCCGGCAACUACUCUCAAACAUUACCUAGAAAGAACUAAAAGUAUAAGAGGCUCGAUCGAUUUAUUAUUUUUGUCAAUCAAUAAGCCAGUUAAGGCUGUAUGUAAACAGUCUCUUAGUAGCUGGGUGAAACAAACUCUUACAGAUUGUAAUGUUGACACUUCCACCUUUUCAGCUCAUAGCACACGCCAUGCUGCAAACUCAGCUGCUAAGAGACUGGGUGUGAACAUAGAUUCAAUUUUACAAACUGCUGGGUGGUCAAAUGUUGCCACAUUCGCGAAAUUUUAUGAUCGGCCAGUAAUUAAUGAUAAUUCGGAGUUCGCACUUUCAAUUCUUAAUAAUUAA